GUCCGAAGCAUGUACUGUAUCUCCCCCACAUUUGGGCGGAAGAUUUACAGCCUCGGUUCAUCCAAGUUGGGAACCUCCCAAACGUACCUUGUAACCGACCACGGUCCGCGGUUAUCUAAAUAUGCUGUCGCAAUAUCACUAAAUCAGGAAUCAUUUGUUGCUUCCAAUUCAUUCAGAGAAUGUGAUCGAUCAUAGUCUAGAAACAUUCUCAAAACUGUUGCGCACAGGAGAAACGCGACAACCAAUAUGCCACAUCCACAACGACCCAUCUCACGCCUCCUCAUUGCAAACCGCGGCGAAAUAGCUAUCCGCAUUCUACAAGCAUGCCAUGAACUACCACAACCUCCGACGACGUUCGCAUUGUACACAGAGAAUGACAGCACACAUGUGUCGCUAGGCCGACCACAUCAUGCUAUCAAAGCGCCCGGGCCGUCGUCGUACAUGAACAUCGACUAUCUGAUUAGCGUGGUCAAGCAAAACCAGAUCGACGCCGUUCAUCCUGGGUACGGUUUCCUCAGCGAAAAUCCGGAAUUCAGUCGACGCAUGUGGACAGAGGCCGAUUGUCUCGUCAUCGGGCCGGGCUGGGAAGUGCUAGAGCGGACCGGCGACAAGCUCAAGGCCAAAGCACUAGCUGCUGAAUGUGAUGUGCCUGUUCUCAAAGCCAUGAGCCGACCGACUGGCUCGGUUAGUGAAGUAGGGCAGUUUGCCAGCCAGAUUGGGUACCCCUUAAUGAUCAAAGCCGUUGACGGUGGUGGAGGACGUGGCAUUCGGCUAAUAAGAAGUGAGGAUGCCCUGGAGAACGCCGUGCAGAGAUGUAUCAGCGAGUCACCUAGCCGCACAGUAUUCGCCGAACAAGCAGCCAUAGACGGCUACAAGCACAUCGAGAUCCAAGUUCUCGGCGACGGCAAGGGUGGGGUCGAGCAUCUCUGGGAACGAGACUGUAGCGUGCAGCGGCGGUUCCAGAAGAUUGUCGAAGUCGCACCUGCUCCCGUGCAUAAUCGGAAGGUCAUAACCGAGGUGAUCGCCUCAGCGGUCAGGAUGGCGCAGACACUGAAGUAUCUUGGUCUUGGAACAUGGGAGUACCUCGUCAACGUGGAACAAGGGAAAUUCUUCUUCCUGGAGAUCAACCCGCGUCUGCAGGUUGAGCAUACCAUCAGCGAGAGCAUUACCGGCAUUGACCUUGUCAAACAGCAGUUGCUGAUUGCGCAGGGACGGCAAGGUUCCGAAGACUUACAAGAUCGGCCGGCGAAGUGGCGACGACAAGCGGAUGAAACUCCGCCAGCAGCCUCGAUGCAAUUGCGAUUGUGCGCAGAAGACCCUGUUUCCGGAUUUUCCUUGAGCAUUGGCAAAGUCGCGGACGUGCAAUUCCCCAGCGGCAACGGCGUCCGGGUCGACAGCCAUCUCUCGCGAGGAGGUGUAGUCGGCUCGGACUUUGACAACAUGAUGGCGAAGAUCAUCGUCACUGCAUCGACUUGGGAGGACUGUGUAAUCAAAGCACGCCGAGCACUGGAUGAGACCCGGAUUGUGGGCGUCAAAACCAAUCUGAGCCUACUCAAGGCGAUUCUUGUGGACCAAACAUUCGCGUCAGGAAACGCCGAUACAAGCUGGUUGGAACGAAACCUUGACACCUUGGUGCAAAUUGGAGAGCGAAUUGCCAGCGAGACUAACCUGCGUGACAGCACAUUACCUGCGCUAUCCUUGGGUGGCAACCAGUCGUCCAGUCUGGGCAAUUCGGGCACGACAUUCCGCAAAGGCAACGCGUGGACCGUGGUUCUCGAAGAGCCGGGAGACCCUUCAUCCUCGAAACCUCCAGCACAUCACUUGAUCAUCGACCGAAUCUCGCGCAACGAGUUCCCAGAGGCGCUAGUCGCGGAAGUGUCAUACACCAUACCCGGCGCGAAACCGCAGCCCUACAAACUCACGCUAAACAGCACAACGACAUCAGCCGACGCGACGGCAUCGACGCACAAGCGCGGCGAUCCGAACAACAAGGCACACAUCGUCCUGCCGAUGAGCGGCAAGCUGAUGGAAGUGCUCGUCGAAGAAGGCGACAUGGUCCAAGAGAACCAGGUCAUCGCCUUUGUCAAGCAGAUGAAGAUGGAACUCGAGGUGCGUAGUCCACGCGCUGGAACCGUCAAGUGGGCUAUUGAACUUGAGAAUGAGGAGGGUGAAGAUGUGGCGGAGGGUGUUUUGCUGGUGGAAUUGGUAGACGAGGUGGAGACGCAAACGCCUGAGAUUAGAUCUAGAUUGUGAGAUACCAUUGCGGGCAAUGCUCUACAUUCUCAAACAUUUAUGAUGCGAUGGAAGGGAAAUAGCUAGUGCAAGCAGACUUCAUAAAGCUAUGAAA